AUGAACGAGCCAGAUAAGAAAAUUAGUGUACUGUGCUUAGGCCCAAAAGGCUCAGGAAAGACUACGCUAAUGAAAAAACUAGAACACGCUGAAGGUAUAGACUACACAUACAGUCCUGUUCCGACGAUAGGAACGAAUAUUUACGACAUUCAUUAUCUAAAUAAAAAUGGAAAAAAACAAAUGUUGUCAGUUCGCGAAGUGGGCGGAGAGAUGGCGCCAUUAUGGAAUAACUAUUUAGAUGGAGUUGAAAAAAUUAUUUACGUGGUGGACACGUCUAAUCUGUGUCAAAUUUCUGAAGCUACUGUGCUGUUGUACACGCUUUUAGCUGAACCACGUCUCAAAAAUACGAAGUUCAUUCUAGUUCUAAGUAAAAUGGAUGCUGCUUAUCGCCAAAUGCGCAACGAGGCUCUACUGAUGUUGCAAUACACAAGACUCUGCAAGGAACUGCCCAAUUCAAUCACGCUACUGGAAGCCUCUCCACUAACCGGCGAAGGCAUUGACAAACUAAUAGAACUAUUGGGUGCUCAGAAACCGAACUUAAAGUUUAAGGGACAAGUAAAAAAUAACAUAUAAACUGUUUACUUUUACUUUUUUAGUGUCGUAGAUGGGCAGACAAUCUCGCGGUGCAUCUGUGGCCAGAAUCCUUAAACAUUUCAACUUUAUUGUUAUUAAAUCAACGUAUUUGAGACAUGACGACAUUUUGGUACUCUGUCUAUAAAGUCUGUAUCAUAGAUAAUACACUAAAUAUUUAAGUAGGAAAUUUACGCUGGUACACACACACUUAUAUACACGUCUGUAUUGUUUGAUAAUAUUUAACACACCCUUCAAAUCGCAACGUAUUAACUUAAUUAAUAAUUAUAUUAACUAUGGUAUGAAUGACUGUUAAUAAAUAAUCAAGA